AUGGCCGGACCACCACCUCCUCCACCUCCAAUGAUGCCUGGCGCAGCUUUAGGCGGUAAAAAGCCCCCCGCCGCGCCUGCAGCGCCGGCUGGAAGAGACGCCUUAUUGAGCGCUAUUCGAAAUGGUUCCCGACUAAAGAAAGCCGAGACGAAUGACAGAAGCGCUCCAAAAGUUGGUGGCGGGCUUGUCGGAGAUGCAGGUUCGUCGAUGGACGCUGCUGGAGCGAGACCCCCAGCACCUGGGUCAGCCGCCACAUUUGGAGCCCCGCCAGUUCCAACGGGUCUAGCUCCUCAAUUGGGUGACAUUCUGGCUGGGGGGUUUCCAAAAUUACGUUCUACAAGUGGCGCGACAAGUGCACCUCCAGCCCCGGCGGCCAGCGUGCCCAAGGUACCUCAACAUCCGAUUUCUGCAAAUCAUGCCCCUCCUCCGAUUCCUGGCUCAGCGCCUCCAAUCCCGGGUUCAAGGCCGCCAAUAGUUCCCCCGGCACCUCCAGCGGCUGCUGCUCCUAAUGUUCCAAACACGCGGCCCCAUAUACCGGUAUCAAGACCCACUAGGAGGAACGUGAAUGUCUCUUCCGUUUCGACAACCUCUGCACCUCCGCUGCCCACGGUCAGUGCUCCAGGCACACCAGCAGCAGCAGCAGCAGCAGCACCUUCGAUACCUAAUAACAGAGCUCCACCAGUUCCAUCAGCUCCACCAGUUCGAUCUGCUCCACCCGUUCCAUCUGCUCCAUCAGCUUCAUCAGCUUCAUCAGCUCCACCAGCUCCACUAGCACCACCAGCUCCACCUGCUCCACCUGCUCCACCUGCUCCACCUGCUCCACCAGCUCCACCAGCUCCACUAGCAUCACUAACACCACUAGCAUCACCAGCACCACCAGCACCUCCAGCACCACCAGCACCUCCAGCACCACCAGCACCACCAGCACCACCAGCACCACCAGCUCCAGCAGUGACAUCAAAGAAAAUACCAUCUGCACCUCCUGUAUCUCAAGGUCUUCCAUUUCUUUCCGAAAUUCAGAGAAAGAGGGAUGAUCGUUUUGUUAUUGGCGAAACUCCCAACUACACAACUCAAGUCGAACAAGCUGCAGGUUCUGAACCCAUAAAAGCAACAAAAGCGCCCGAAGCUCCGAAGACUUCCAUCUCAGGGCCAGGUUUGUCUUUUCUUGAUGAAAUGAGCUCGAAGCUCAACCGUAACGCGCCCAAGCCUCCACAAAUAUCAGCACCACCGCUACCAGUGGGCGGGGCUCCUCCUGUGCCCAUGUCCGCUGCUCCAAGCAUACCGAAACAUUCUGCUCCUUCAUCAGCGGUACCACCUUUGCCACAAGCUGCUGCCCCUGGGGCACCUCCACUUCCACCGCUUUCGGCGCCUAAGCCUACCUCAGCACCACCGUUCCCUCAAAGUUCGGCACCACCAGCACCGCCAGCACCACCAGCACCACCAGCACCGCCAGCACCACCAGCACCACCAGCACCACCAGCACCAUCAGCACAAAAUGCUUCUGCGCGAACCCCCGCAUCCUCGUCUUCUCUUGGAGGUGGGUUACCAUUCCUUGCCGAAAUUGAACGUAAACGAGACGAUUCGCAUGUAGUGAGCAGCUCAAGUGGCCCAAAUGCUGGAGUUUCUAGCCCCCCUGCUACGAUGGCUCCAUCUGUUCCAUCGCUGCCUAGGAUGAGCGCACCUCCUGUCCCACCAACUAUGAGUGCGCCCCCACCCCCACCAUCAGCACCUCCUGCAUUUGUACCACCAACAUUUGGUGCACCACCACCGCCACCCACAGCGCCUCCUCUUUUAGCUGUCUCUCAACCUUCUCAUACCGGGGAAUCUACCUCUAAGCUGCCACCUCCCCCACCACCUCCGGAUACUUCGGGGACAAUUACGAACAACCACAAGCAAAGGCUUUUCUCCAGCAAUGAUUCGGGGCGUUCUAGCCAUGCUAUAAAUCCACAUACGAAUCAACCAGAGUUCGAGUCUACCAAUUUCACCAUCAGUGGAAGCUCAACAACCACUGGGGUCAAACUAGAUCAUUCCAAGAUUUUAAUUGAUGAUAGCCGUUUUAGAUGGACCAACAAUUCUCAGUUGCCAAAACCGCGAGCAUUUUCAAGUAAAACGAAAUUGUAUCCCAGCGGCAGGGGCAGUAGCGUACCAUUGAAUCUUGCAAGCUACUCUUGA